UGCACUCUUUCAUUUCCGUAAAACGUCUCUUUGCCGUAGCAUCAAAGCCACGUGAGGCAAUAAUGGAUAAACCAGUCGUUUUGGCACGAGUAAUAAAAGUCCUGGGCCGAACCGGCUCACAAGGACAAUGUACACAAGUCAAAGUUGAGUUCCUGGGAGAACAAAACCGACAGAUCAUCCGUAAUGUAAAAGGACCUGUACGAGAAGGCGAUCUCCUAACCCUCCUGGAGUCGGAACGUGAAGCGAGAAGGCUUCGAUAGACCAACAAGGACUACCUCCAACACGUGGAUACCAUCAGCAGUGUUUGGACUUUGGAAAUCUAAUUCAUUCCAUUAACAAAAAUGGGGAUCAUUCAACUACAAUAGCACGGGCAAACUUGGUACAAAACAUCCAUGUCAAUGAAGAUGUCUACAACUUCUGUAAUAAAUACUGGCUACUGUUUAACAGACUA